AUGAAUAUUCGUCAACGAUCUUCAAUAAGUCCUUCUCAAAUUAGCAGAGAUAUUCUCUACACUGACUGGCAUCAGCAUGUGUUCCUUCUGUUCAGUUUUAUGCAAUAUCACCACCUUAAAUUUACCUGGUAUCGAUCAAUGAGGACUACGAAAAUCUGCUUACGAAAGUUUGCAGCAAAAAGUGGUGAUUAG